CGGAUAAUUAGAAAUUUGUCAAAAUGGCGUCAGUUGAAGGAGGAGGAGAAAUGGAAGUGACUACAAACGAGGCCAAGAGACUCUCCUAUCUUUACCCUCAAGUAGACGAGAAGGAGACGUAUCUCCCUCGUCAGUGGAGCUCGAAAGAUAAGUAUUCCUAUAUCGGCCUUUCACAGAAUAACCUCAGAGUUCAUUAUAAAGGCAGUGGUAAGAAUCAUAAAGACGCUGCGGCAGUCCGAUCCAAUCAUCCCAUACCAACUGGCUGUGGUGUGUAUUAUUAUGAAGUGAAAGUCAUCAGUAAAGGAAAGGACGGACACAUCGGCAUUGGUAUGUCAGCAUCUGGUGUGAGCUUAAACAAAUUACCAGGUUGGGAGAAAAGCUCGUAUGGUUACCAUGCCGAUGAUGGGUGUGUCUUCAGUUCAUCAGGUACGGGUCAGCAGUUUGGCCCCACCUUCACAACUGGCGACGUGGUUGGGUGCGGCUUUAAUCUCGUUGAUCGAUCUAUAUUCUUUACAAAAAAUGGCAUCAAAUUAGGUACUGCUGUUUCGGAUGUUCCAGCUAAUCUUCAGCUUUAUCCUACAGUUGGGCUUCAGACCCCUGGAGAGAUUGUGGAGGGGAAUUUCGGAGAAGAUCAAUUUGCUUUUAAUUUUGAAGCACUGCUAACUGAGAUGAAGUAUAAAACAAGACUCCAAAUUCAGGAGCUUCCAGUAGCCGAGGGUGAAGGAGUGUGGCAGGCCAACCUCCACAAGCUUGUUCUUGGCUAUUUGGUUCAUCAUGGUUAUACAUCAACUGCUGUAGCAUUAGCUGCCGAUACUGGACAGCAACUGGAGGAGAGUCAAGAAUCCAUGACCAACAGACAAAAAAUACAAUCACUGAUGAUGUGUGGGCGUGUCAGUCAAGCCGUUUCCAUGGUGAACAGGCUCCACCCAGGACUAUUUGACUCUGACCAGGAGUUAUUGUUUCGUGUCUUGUGUCAUCAGUUCAUAGAAACCAUUGCUGGGUAUGACACCCUUCCAGGGAGAGGAGCAGAAGAAGGUAGAGAGAAUGGUGAAGUUGAAGACGAGAGCAUGGAAACAGAGUCAAACGAUGUGGUUACUCCUAUUAAUCUUGACAAGGAUCCAGGAGCGGUGGAGCAGCUCCUACUGUUUGGUAGAGAGCUGCAAAGCUUGUAUAACCAGAUAAGCAAGAAGAGCCAUCAGUCGGGGAGUCAUCAGUUACAGACAUUAUUACAGGAUGUAUUCUCAUUACUAGCUUAUGCUGACCCUCACUCUAGUCCUGUUGCUUAUUUAUUGGAGCCAUCACAAAGAGAGCCAGUUACUGCUGCACUUAAUUCAGCCAUUCUUAAGAAUAACAAGCCUCCUUUGGAGUUUGCACUAGGCCAGGCUUCACAAUGUCUUAAACUCAUGACUGAGAAUGGACUGGGAGCAGCCGCUUUUGCCACCAUAGAAGAACUAUUGAAACCAACCACUCCGCAUAAUCAAACUGUAUAAUCGAUUCCAAAGCAUUCAUAAUUACACUGGGCAUCCCCAUCAAAUUUUAACAGAUAAUAAUGUAUUAUUAUUAUAAUUAAGAGAUUUUAACAGAAUAAUUGUUACU